UCAAGUGGGCAGGGCCCAACCAACCCGAGACGGGGACGCCACGCCUCCUCACGCGCACCCCCACCAUGGACGAGAUCGCCGACGAGCUCUUCCUCGACGCCGACGAGGCCCCCCACCUCCACCGCCACCGCCACCUCCACGGCCCCUCCUACCUCGCCUUCUCCGAGUCCUUCGAGGAGGUGAUGGAGGUGGAGGAGGAGGAGGAGGGGCAGCGCCAUCGCCAUCGCCCGCGCCGCCUCCCCCUCGGCGACCACGAAACCCUAGCCGCCGCGCCAGCGCCCGCGCCCGCCCUCGCCCUCGGGUCGCCCUUCUCGUUCGGCUCCGACAUCGAUCCCGACAUCGACCUCGAGCUCCGCCUCUCCUCCCGCUCCCCGCCCUUCUGGGACUGCCUCGAGGACGAGCUCGCCGAGGGGUUCGAGUGGGAGGAGAUCGCCGACGCCGCUGCCCCCGCGUCUGGAGCCGUUGCUGGGGGAGGAGGAGGAGUAGGAGGUGGUGGUGGUGGUGGCGGUGGUGGAGGAGGAGGGUAUGGGGAGCUUGUGGGGGACGGCGACGUGUUCGGCUUCCUCGACGAGAGGGAGAUCCUCGGCGCGAUGGAGGGACUCGACAGUGGGGACGAGUCGGGCUUCUCCGACGAGCCAUUUGACUUUGGCGAUGAGAGCGACGAGCUAGGGGAUAUCUUCAGGAGCGUGGGGUGGGAGGUGCUCCCGGUGCCGCUGGAUGAGGACUUCGAGGUGCUGCCGGGACACAUCGCCGAUGUGGCGGUGGGCGGAGCGCCUCCCGCGGCGCGUGCGGCAGUGGAGCGGCUCCAGGUGGUGGCUAUCAGCGGGGAGGAGGCCGCCCGGGGGUGCGCCGUGUGCAAGGAUGGGAUCACGCAGGGGGAGCUUGCCACGCGGCUGCCGUGCGCGCACUUCUACCAUGGGGCAUGCAUUGAGCCAUGGCUGGCCAUCCGGAACUCGUGUCCAGUGUGCCGUUAUGAGCUGCCGACUGAUGACCCCGAGUAUGAGAAGCGGCGGGUGAAGCGGCGUUCUGCUGGUAGCUCCACGGCGCAAUUGGGUACUCCUAUGCAAAUUUGAGCUAGGAUUGCUUGGUGGUACGCAUUGGAUGCAAUUCCAUGGAAUGACAAAUUCACUCUUGGACUGCCCAUUGGGGUGCUUCGAGAGUGUCAUACCUCUUUGAUCUUAAAAACAUUUUAGUAUCUAGUUGUUAUGAUUGGUAAUUGAAUGGUAAGAACAAUUGCUAGAACUUAGAACUUCUGUAAAUAUUUUGUGCUGCUCCAAUAUUACACAAAAUUGUUU